AUGUCGCAGUUCCCUGGCCAGGGCUAUCACAACCAGUACCCUCCUCAGCAAGGAUACGGCGCUCCUCCGCCUCCUCAGUACGGCGGCUAUCCACAGCAGUACGGCGGACCGUCACCUCAACCUCCAUACAACAGCGGCUACGGCGCGCCACCUCCACCACAGUACGGCAAUGGCUACCAGCAAGGGCCGCCGCCGCAACAGUUUCAGCAACCUCCACCACAGCAGUUCCAACAACCCCCUCCACAGCAAGGCUACGGCCGACCGCCUCCUCCACCUACACACUCGCAAGGAUUCGGGCAUGGCGCACCGAAUGGCUACUCAUUCCAAUACUCGCAAUGCACAGGCCGAAGGAAGGCGCUGCUGAUCGGCAUCAACUAUUUCGGCCAGCGAGGUCAGCUACGAGGAUGUAUCAACGAUGUGAAGAACAUGUCGACAUAUCUGAACGGUCACUUUGGAUACAAGCGAGAAGACAUGGUCAUCUUGACCGACGAUCAGCAGAAUCCCAUGAGUCAGCCCACGAAGCAGAACAUUCUAAGAGCGAUGCAUUGGCUGGUGAAGGAUGCCAGGCCGAACGAUUCGCUAUUCUUUCACUACUCUGGCCAUGGAGGUCAGACGAAAGAUCUGGACGGCGACGAAGAGGAUGGCUACGAUGAGGUGAUAUACCCGGUGGACUUCAGGCAAGCGGGACAUAUCGUUGACGACGAGAUGCACCGUAUCAUGGUACAAUCUCUUCAACCUGGAGUGCGGUUGACCGCUAUCUUCGAUUCAUGCCACUCCGGCUCAGCCCUCGAUCUCCCAUACAUCUACUCGACACAAGGCGUGCUCAAGGAGCCUAAUCUCGCAAAAGAGGCUGGUCAAGGUCUGCUCGGUAUUGUCUCGUCAUACGCACGAGGCGACAUUGGCGGUAUUGCGUCGACUGCCAUGGGUCUGUUUAAGAAAGCCACAAGCGGCGGGGACACCUACGAAAGGAACUUACGCACAAAGACGAGCCCUGCGGAUGUCAUAAUGUGGAGUGGCAGCAAGGACAGCCAAACAUCGCAAGACGCAAAUAUCGCCGGCCAAGCCACUGGCGCCAUGUCGUGGGCGUUCAUCACAGCACUGAAGAAGCAGCCCCAGCAAUCCUACGUGCAGCUCCUGAACAGCAUUCGCGACGAAUUGGAGGGCAGGUACUCGCAGAAGCCGCAAUUGUCAUGCUCCCAUCCUUUAGACACCAACAUUUUGUAUGUGAUGUAA